AUGAAAUCAAGUUUAAUUAAUUCUUAGUCUUUGCCUUAAUUGUAAUAACGGAUGAUCCAUUCGAAGAUAUUAGAUGAUAAAGUUCCUAAACCUUGUAAAUAUCCUUUAUUUGAGCAGCCUUAGUUUAAAUACAAGUCUGAAAAAAACAACACAAAAUCUCCAUUAAGAUUAAACCCUGCAAUAAAAUCAACUUACUCAAAAUUCAAAGCAUCCAUUGUAAAAAGCUAUAAUAAUUAAUUAUUCGAUUAGUACCAAAUGACAAAGACUUAAAGAAGAAUACAAAAUGAGAUAGAAAUUAAAAAAUAAUGGCGAUAAUAAAAAUAUUUGGAAGAAAAGGCCAAGAUUUAGUAUUUAAAUGUUGAAGAAAAAGAUAUUGAUUUAAAUAAGGAACUGCUGAAUCAAUUAAAACUGAAUUUGUUUUGUGAAUGA